CUCCCUAAUAAUCUUCCAGUGGUGUCAUCAUAAGCACGAUGGUUGUUUUGGUCUGUUAGUAAGAUACUAGGAUCGUAUGAUGACGUGGUAUCCACGUCAAAUGCUUCAAUAGUCAAAUGCUUCUCUUUUACUUAUAAGUCUCCCCCUUCACUUCAUCUUCCUUGCCAUCAACCAACACACGCUCAAAUUUUCCUCUGAUCCGCUACUUCCCAUUCCUGUUCUACCAACCUAACGCCCAAUAUGGCAGCCAAACCAGUUGAAGAUGCUCACCCUCCUGCAGAAACGUUGAAGUAUAAGACGUGGGUAUUGAAAGUCUUAAUCCACUGCGAAGGAUGCAAGAAGAAGGUCAAGAAAGUUCUUCAGGGGAUCGAUGGGGUUUAUACGACGGAAAUUGAUUCUCAGCAGCACAAGGUGAGAGUGACAGGGAACGUGGAGGGUGAGACUCUCGUAAAGAAGCUCUUAAGAUCAGGCAAGCUGGCCGAGCUUUUGCCUCAAGAAAAGGUCGACAAGAAAGAAAACAAGUCUGCAAAAUCCAAAGGUGGUGGUAAAGAGAAAGAGAAAGAGCCAUCAGACCAGAAAAAUAUUGAACCACCCUCUGCUAAGGAAGAUGACCAGAACGGUCCAGGAAGUGACAACAAUGAUAAAGCUGAGGACGCUGGCGGCCAAAAUAAGAAGAAGAAUAAGAAGAAGAACAAAGGGAAGAAUGGUCCUGUUUCUCCCAAUAAUACUGACAAUGAAGGAGCUGGUCAGGAAAGCACAAAAACUGAAGCAUUACCGCUCAGUGCUUCACCUGUCCCGGCCAUGGCUUCCAUGAAUCCAAGACCCCCAUUUCAGCAACCCCACCCAUACCCACCACAGUCGUACUUCUCACCUCCACAACCUCAGCCAUAUCAAUAUGGGUUAAGCUAUAACACGGCCUAUCCAAUCUCGAGUUCUUCCUAUCAUGCCCCUGAUAUCAUGCAUUCUCACUAUAACUAUCCCUACUCCCGCCUGCCGCCGCCGCUGCCGCAGCCUCUACCGUCGGAUCCCUUCAGCCACCGUCAUGUAGACCAUGAUGAGUCUGGAGCUAUAUGCUCCAUUAUGUAGUAUCUUAUCACCGAGGGCAAACGGGUGGGUUCAUAUGUUUUUAUGUAAUGUGAGGGAAUAUAACUUUGUUGAAAAGGCUGCGGACAAAAUCACAAAUCACAAGAGGAUACUUUGCAGGGUAUGGGGUUUCUUUAAUGCCUUGUCCUAUAUUAUUCAGCUAGGCAGCUUUUGGGUUUGCUUAACAAAAGCCAAUACUUAUAGUAUUGCUCUGUAAUUUCAUUGCAGUAUCUGAGACUCUCGUGAUCUUAUAUGUAAAAUAGACAUCUUUGUGCUAAAACUCUGUCUUCUUUAGCA